AUGUCAGUCCUCAUGCACGGGACUUUGGGGGCUGACGUGGAAUUCAAGAUGGUGAUUGGUCCAGCGGGACAGGGUCUUCGCGAGUAUCCGAACCGACUCUCUUUGCUGCCGAUUGCUGCCUCAGUUGGUAAUGAUCGACUUCUAGCCCGCAGCCAAAUUUCAGCCACCGCAGUAUAUAAUGCGGCGAAUCGUGAUAUGCCCUUUUAA